AUGGCAACUACAUCUACACCACCAGGAGGUCAACGUACACUACAGAAAAGAAAGCAAGCACCAGUUGCUGCUAAAUCUAAAGCUGAAAGUGCUUCUAGCCCUAGUUCAAAUCCAAUGUUAAAGAUUUAUUCAGAUGAAGCUACCGGUUUGAAGAUAGAUCCAUUGGUUGUAUUGUUUUUAGCUGUCGGCUUUAUUUUCUCCGUCGUGGCUCUACAUAUCAUUUCUAAAAUUACUUCUAAACUAUUUUAA